AUACUAGUAUUGUGAAGAGAAGAGGGCAGGGCAGUCCAAUUCAUAUUUGUUUUGCGUUCUUCCCAACUUUCUUGACACGGUCGGUCGGUAGGUCUUUUCUUUCCGUCAACGCCCCCAAUUGCGAACCCUCCCUCCUCGCCUGUUCCUUCUUAUCACCAAAGAUUCGGCAUUGUUUUCAAUUCAACUACGCAAUUUUGGUGUUUCGCCGAGUUAAUUCCCUGAUUGCUGCCCAAAUCUGAUCGAUGGCAUCCACCGGGAACAAGAACAUCAACGCCAAGCUGGUGCUCCUUGGGGAUGUUGGAGCUGGAAAAUCUAGUUUGGUGUUACGGUUUGUGAAAGGACAGUUUGUUGAAUUUCAGGAAUCAACAAUAGGCGCUGCCUUUUUUUCACAGACAGUUGCUGUGAAUGAUGCAACUGUAAAAUUUGAAAUAUGGGACACGGCAGGGCAGGAAAGAUACCACAGCUUGGCUCCAAUGUAUUAUAGAGGAGCAGCAGCAGCCAUUAUUGUAUAUGAUAUCACAAAUCAAGCAUCAUAUGAUCGGGCUAAAAAAUGGGUGCAAGAGCUUCAAGCACAAGGUAACCCGAAUAUGGUAAUGGCACUUGCUGGAAACAAAUCAGAUCUUUUGGAUGCAAGAAAGGUGGCUGCCGAGGCAACACAAACUUAUGCACAGGAGAAUGGCCUUUUCUUUAUGGAAACUUCGGCAAAGACUGCAACAAAUGUGAAUGACGUGUUUUAUGAAAUUGCAAAGAGGUUGCCCCGGUUGCAGCCAGCACCUAAUCCAUCGGGGAUGGUCCUUGUGGACAGACCACCGGCAGAGCGUGCGGCAUCCGCGUCUUGUUGCUCUUAAAGUUUAUGCAUUAUUUGGAUUACAGUAACUUGUAUCAAGUGAAAUCAUGCCCAGAGUGUUGUGUCCAAAAAUUAUUGACUACUUUGAGUUCCUUUGGGUGUACAGGAGUGCAUUACUUGCUAUAUACUUUAGUUGAAGGAACUCCACUUCCUCUCCCUGUCAUUUAAUUUGUUGUCUUGAAUUUAUGUUUAUCUAUAUGUAAUAAUUGAUGCCAUUAGCAUUUGAUUUAUUGUACUUUGAUUUUAUUA